CUGGAACAUCCUAAAUGGGGGGUAGACUGACAAGACUUCACGGAGGAAAACCGUCGGGUCUGAAGUUCUUUUAUGCUCGCUGCAAGGCGCAUAACAUAAGAGAUAAUGUGACUUGUCUGGACCCGACAUGCACUUACUCGGGCAUACACUUCAUAUGCCGGGAAUGAUUGUGGCCGCCCGGGGUGGAGGUUUAUCGGGGUAAGCUGGUGAAGGCCUAGUCUGGUCGAUGCGAGCCAUGGGCUAUGUCAGGUCGCCUUGCAACCGAUAUUCUCCAAAGGGACAAGAAUGCCUUGCACUAUCUCGUCACACUCGUAGCCUGGGCAUCGAGGUUUAUGAUUGGCGGCCGGGGUCUUCAAUCACCUAGACGUCCAUCUCAGAACGACAUGUCAGUCUCCACCUCUUCAAGUGUAGCUGAGGGUAUAAGGCUGAACCGCCUCUUGUCUGGCGCGACCGAGGUUGGCUCAACUGCAACGCAAAACAACCCGCAGGAGCAAGGUACACUUCUGAAGGAAGAAUCGUACUCUUUUUUCAGUACGCUACUGACAGCUAAAUCUGUUAAAUCACCACUCAUCCUAAGGCCUUGGAACCCUCAUCUUCUGGAGCAAACAUUCUCGAACGAAAACAACUUCCGAGCUACAUCCGAGGUUGGGGUGCUGAGGAUCGACCAACAUGGCACUUCUUGGUCGCCAGCUCUCUCCGACGAGGAGAUCAGUCAUCAUUGGAAGUCGCCAACACCGUCCUCGUCCCCAAGUGUCGAUACUUCUUGCCCGGAGCACACUCUUGUCGUGUUCUUCAUCCACCUCGAGUUCGAAAAAGCGGCGCAGUACGAGCGUAAGGCCAGCAUCUCAAGACAGUGCCUUCAAGACCUCACGGCGCAUAUCGGCGUGCAUGACGCUGCAGUUCAGAACCUUCUCGGUCGACCUGACUACUGGUCUGCAUUCUGGCGGCGGAAAGACAUACAGGGGAAGCAGGCGGUGGGCUACGAGUUCUAUUGCCAGCAUCCACGGUGGCUGCAGAUCGGGCGUUACGACAAGAAAGUGCAUCGCGCUCCAUGCUCCGUCUACCUACACCACGACGCCACGUUGAACACCUCAUACUACGUCAUUUCUGCCGCAGCCAACGACAGUUGCAUGACCGGGCUUCUGGAAGAGAUGGGAGUCCCUGAACAGAAGACAUCCUAUUUCACAAGUACUACGAGCCAGGCCACGGGAGACCCUUUCCUGAUCCAUGCCAUCGUGUCGGGAUAUGCGUACCAGCAAUCUACUCAGUACCUCGCGGACGUUCGAGGGCGGCUAAUGGCCGAGAUUGCAGAGGUGAACAACUACUCCAAGGAGUCGUAUGCGGCGCCGCGACCAGGCGAGCCUGGAGCGCACGAUGGGCGGAAGAAGCUCGAGAGCAUUACCAAGAAUCUGCAUCUUGUCUCGCAGACAUGUGACACGGGUAUUGCAAAUGCUGACAUGUCUAUCAUGCUCUGCACAGAGAUGCUUGACGCUUAUGCCGCAUUUUCGAAGAGUGAUACCUUGCAGGGACCACCUCUUGAGCCCCGGAGGCAACUCCAAGACUCUCUCGGAUGGGUCUUGAAGACGUGGCACUGCCAGAAGAACUGGCUGAUCAGCUACAAAGCUCGGAAAGACACAGCCAUGAAUUUCGUCUACAACCUUGUCACGCAGCAAGACAACUCUGUCAACAUUGACAUUGCCCACGAAACUGCAAGGCAUAGCUCUUCAAUGCACGCCAUCACCAUCCUCACCUUGGUAUUUCUUCCAGGCACAUUUCUUGCGGGAGCAUUCGGAUCGGGAAUCUUCAACAAACAGGACGUUCACGGCAUCUCCAACAUCUUUUGGCCGUUCAUAUACACCCUCAUUCCUCUUACAUUUGUCACCUUAGGCCUGUGGUUCUGGCGUGGUCGGCUCGAACGCUUCUACAAAUGGCGUCAAGAGCGACUACUCAAAAUGAAGAGGGUGAAGGACCUCGAGGGUGGAAUAGAGACCGAUACUAACGGAGCCCCUGGACGGACAGCCUGAUCACGUGGCAAUGCCGCCGCACGCUGACAUACCCCGAGUGACCACGCCUCUCUCAAGUUGGAAGCAACAUCGUCUGCCAUGAAGAGCACUACUGCACGGACUAGCAGAGGCGGCUGCCAGCGUGCGGCACCCACCAGGCUAGCAUGGCACACAUGGUAUGCUGUGGGCGUGGACAUAUCCUCGGCUUUAGGGCGGAGUUAAACGGUCUUCUCUUCAACAGCCUCACUCGUGCAUGAUGUCUAGGUGUAUAAGAAGUAAAGAGCGGG